AUGGAUGUUGAAUCAUCGGCCAGAUCGAUCCAGAUUGUAGAUUUUGGCCAGUCUUUCCUUGGCAACGAGUGCCCUGGCAUACUCAACACUCGGCUUCCUGUUCGCGCCGCUGAAAUCGUCUUUGGUGACAAUUUCGAUUAUCGCGUCCAUCUUUGGAGUAUGGCCUGUCUAGUAUUUGAGCUGAUUAUCGGACAACCGCUCUUCGACAGCAUCAUGACAACACGUGCAAUUCUCGUCCGCCAAAUGCUCGAGACAGUUGAUGAUGAUUUGCAACCGGUGGAAAAGCGACUGGGCUGUCAUCAAAGGAACAUCACCUGA